AUGCACAACUGGGUUGGAUUGCCUGACCAGUUGCUUUGCUAUGUUUUGCAGUUGUCACCUACAUAUCGGCGUCACUCAUACCGGUCUGUUACAGGACCUUUGAUGGAAGUUCUUGGCAUUGAAGUUGAUACCCGCCCCAGAAUCAUAGUUGCAAUCUGGCAUUAUGUCAAGGCUAGGAAAUUGCAGAGCACAGACAACCCUUCGUAUUUUAAUUGUGGUCCACAACUUCAUAAAAUAUUUGGAAAAGGAAAGAUAAAAUUCACUAUGGAGUCACAGAAGAUAUCACAUCAUCUGUCUCCUCCGCAACCCAUUCACUUGGACCACAAGAUCAAGCUUUCAGGGAAUAGUCCUGCUGGAACUGCAUGCUAUGAUAUCUUGGUGGAUGUGCCCUUCCCUAUAAAGAAGGAAUUCAAUGCUUUGCUCACCAACACAGAGAAAACCAAAGAGAUUGAUGCUUGUGAUGAAGCAAUUUGUACAGCCAUAAGGAAGAUCCAUGAGCAUCGCAAGAGACGGGCAUUCUUUCUUAGAUUCAACCAAUAACCAGUGGAAUUUAUCAAUACUUUGAUUAAAUCUCAAGGCAGAGAUCUGAAGCUUGUAGCAGGGGAAGCAAGUCGUAGUGCUGAGAAAGAGCGUUGAUUAAAUUUGUACAGCCAACCAUGGUAAGCUUAUACACUUCUUGUUACUAUAAACAUUGUGCAAACACCACUUCUGAGGAACGUUAUAAAAAAGUCACAUUCAGAAUAAAUUUUGUUUUUAGUUGAGUUGA